AUGCAUCCCCACCAAGAGUUUGCUGCCGCUUCCACAGUACUAGUCACAUCAUCUUUAGCAGGUUGCUGGUCCGAGAGACGAUUCCCCAAUACAGGCACUCUAGUCACAAUCGCUCUGGCAGCUCUCUGCUCCAAUCUAUCCUUGGCGCCUCCCGCGCAUUUUCUCUACGAUCUUUGCUGGACCACCUUUCUUCCUGCUUCGCUCGUUUUUCUCCUGAUUUCAUUUCAUAAUAACAAUAAAAACAACAAUCAACAACGACAAGGCAACAACGCAACAAUAUCCCGUGACAACGGUUCCUCUUGUUCCCAGAAAGAAGUCAUUCGAGCCGUCUCGGUUCCUUUUCUAAUGUCAUGCCUCGGGUCCAUCAUAGGAUGUGUCUUGUCCUUUCUGGUCUGUCAAAAGUUCCCACGGCUCUGGUUGAAUCCUUCGCAAGCCGCAUUUGCUUCCAGCUGCCUGUGUGCCUCCUUUAUUGGGGGCACGGUCAAUUUCUUUGGGGUGGCCAAAAUCAUUACCAGUAGGGAAGCCACAACAACAUUGGUGAGCUCCAUGGCAACAGCGGAUACCUUGGUCAUGGCACUCUACUUUUCAGGACUCUCGUUGGCACUACAGUCCAAGCGUUUGACAAAGCUGUUUGGGGGGUCAUCGCUAGCAGCAGAAGCUCCCAUUAUUGAGACGGACCCAGUUCUGCUGAACCAUGGGCUCCAAGGAGACGAGGUUGACGCAAAAGCAGCUGUAUCAUCUCGAGCAACAAUCCUCCAAACCUCUCUGGCAGGUGCGCUGGCAACCACCAUUGCCCUUGCUAUCGUCAAACUUUCUUCUCAAUUUGAACGACUCGUGGCACCAAUAUUGCCGGGGGCGGCAUGCCUUGCCAUUGCACUAGUAUCCCCGGCGGUCCAAUCCAUCCUUUCUUCUUGGUCGUCUUCUGAUCAUGGCAACAACAACAACAAUCAGCACUCUCUACUGGCAAGCCAGAUCCAACACGUGUCACGGUACCUUUCCGAGUUUUGCCUGCAGUUACUCUUUGCUUCCAUUGGCACAUCCUGCCACAUGGGACGAGUCCUCUUGCAGGGCUCCAAGUGUGUCUGGUUCUCCGUGCUGGCUCUGUCGGUGCACAUGGUGGUUGCCUUUCUAGGUUCCCUCGUGGCCAAGAAAUGGUUCCAAUGGCCAUUGUUCCUGGAAGAUGUUCUCAUUGCUUCCAAUGCGGCUGUUGGGGGACCUGCAACCGCCGCAGCCUUUGCCGGUCGAAUAAACAGUCCUCGGCAACGUGGGUUGACCAUGGCUGCCACCGUUUGGGGAAUCACUGGAUAUGCCGUUGGGACGACCAUUGGGGUGCUCUUGUACAACGGACUGAAACAAUUGUUGUGA